CACUCACCUGCAGUGCAAGCAUUCAGCGCCUGGAUGGUGCCGAACGGAUUAGAAGUAUCCCAUGCGACCAUGUCGGAAAGUGACCGCCCAAAAAGCUGGAGGGGCCAUAUGCGCCAUAUUACUAUACUCUUGAUACAUACGGGCAAGGACUGUUCCAGUCAAGAUCGUUUCCGAUAAGCAGUAACUACCUAGUCAAUUCGUUUUCUUGCUCUUCAGUUUUUCCGAGAUCGCUCUGGUACUUUCACUUCAGCUCGUCCUUUCCAAACGUUUGCGGCUACGCAAGGUCGAUUGACGGCACCUUCGCUGGCACCUUCUGCUUUCCGCAGAGCUCUGCAUCUUGCUCCUGCGUUACAUAAACAACAAUGAGCGCCCAUACUAUUGCUUUCGCCCCGCUUGCUGCGCCCAGCGGUCGCUGCCACGAGAAGGUCGUGUGUGGGGCCGACUACCGCCCCCUGGUCAGCGGCUAUAAAACGGAGUACCCCGCUGAGUGGGCUGAGCACCGCAUCUGCGCCACCACCGGCCACAAUGCGCUGUACGCUUGCAAGCACUUCAAGGCCGGCGAGGUGAUCAUGGCCUUCAGCUACAGGUCCAUGUGCGACUACCCCACCUACCUGACCGUGCAGGUUGGGGAGGAUAAGCACAUCGAGCUGUCGCCCGCAUGGCUGGAGCACGUGAACCACAGCUGCGAGCCCAACGCGAUCUUCAACACCACUACCUUCAAUUUUGAGGCCCUGCGCGACAUCGAGGUCGGCGACGAGCUGUGCUUCUUCUACCCCUCCACCGAGUGGGCAAUGGACAGCCCCUUCCAGUGCAAGUGCGGCAAGCCCAGCUGCCUGGGCUACAUCGCCGGCGCCUCGCAGCUGACCCGCGAGCAGCUGUCCGGCCGCCGCCUCACCGACUUCAUUGCCAACAAGCUCGACGAGCGGGACGCCGGCGCCAGCUCCAGCUCUCCCUGCGACAGCAGCCAGUAAUGCGGUGGCAUGCAGCAGCAACAUAGCCGUCGCAGCACCACAGCUGCUACUGCUACUGGCUGAGGUGCACGGCACCUGCAUACACCCUCUCUUUUUCGUUGGCGCACCGCACCGCAGCGUGGGGCGAUGAAGGUAUCCUCGUUGUGGCCGUUUGGAAAGGCGCGGGGCGUGAGAAGGGACGCGCCGUGCGAUGCGCAGCACAGCGCACGCUUUGGAGCAUGUGCGCAUAGGCAUAUGGACACAUGGUGAUGAAACGAUAUGGCAUGCGGGCAUGACACACCAGAUGAUGAUCAAAUGAAGUUGGGACCGGGUUUCAAUCAUAUUUGCACUCAUGCGCAUUACCGUACAUACUAACUGGGCGCGCUGAGUUGAGAGCAGCCGCGCUGCGACCUGGUGGGUGAUCGUUGCUCCCUGCACAGGGCCUUGUUGAGAUGUUGAUUUUUAGCAUACCUCAUUCAGCGUGAGACGAGCGGCGUCGGUGUGCGUGCUUGUUUCCGCCGCCCCCGCCGUGCCACUCCGCUUAUAUAAGCUGUGCGCCGCUGGGUGUUGCGGCCACUGGCGAUGCGGCGGCCGCUCUCCUCUUCGGUCCUUCGGGUAGCUGAGGUGAAAGGGCAAAGAGUGACGGCGAGGGGCUACCGGCAAAUGGCGGUGCGCCGGGAAAUGGCGGUGCGUCGGGCGCUUGGCGAGUUCAUAGCGUUGUGCUGUGCUGCUAGAGUGACAGUGUGCUGGCAUGGCUGUAUUUUGCCGCACCAAACCGCUUCAUGUUACAUAGUGUAUGCACAAGAGGCAUGAGCAAUAAAGCAAGGAUUGGACAUGGUUGGCAUUCGGUAUGUGAUGAUUGGUCAAAGGCCCCCAGCAUGCGGUCUGCGCUGCUUGGCCUCCAUGCGCGGAGCAGGGCCUUGCAGUCUCCACGUGGCAUCGCCCUUGCGUGUGUCGCGGACUAGGCAAUCUUGUGCUGUGUCGCCCUGCGCACAUGAUGUUGCGGGUAGCAGAGCGAAGUGGUGCAUGCUCUUACAAACUUGGCCUUCUUCUUUCCCCGCGGACGAUUGUGUGGGUUCUUUGAUACGGGGAAGGUUCACGCCGUGGCCUGAAAGCCCCACCUUUGUGCGGCUUGACCGGACAUGCGCACGCCGCUCAGACCGCCCCAAGCAUCCUCUUUUCGACAAUUUUAUUGAUUAUCCGGGUGCUCAAAGCGUCGGUGCAUGCACGUGAGCUCGCGGUGUAGACAGUGCGUGCGUGCGACCAGGGAUGCCGACAUGGAGCGCGGGACUUAUGCGACUGGUUGGGGACGGGCCUUGUGAACCACAACUUGCGAUUUGGAGGCGGGCGGACUGAGAUCUCGGAGAGACAUCGUGCGGGGAAUCAGGUCCCCUCUCACGACGGUGCUUGCUUUGUUGGGGAUAAGCGUGGCCCUGAUGGCCAAGUAGUCCCUGGGCCAUGCGUUUUCUUGUUCUUGUGUUGACCUGCGCUGGCUGAUUGCGGCGAUGGUCGGUGGUGCGAAUACAGGGUUUUGGUAACGUGCGUUGAUUGGUGUUGGUGGGGGGCCGGAGUCAAGAAUGCGGAUGUUACGGAGUCAAGGGACGGUGAUGAUGCCACGUCCCUGCCUAGUGUUUUUGUGUUUUUGACGAUGCGCGAGACGGCGACGUGAGUGCCAGGGCGCAGCAUUACUUUUCGGGCGCGCAAACGACAUUCUCUCUUGCGCAUCAUAGUGGUGACGCGGCUAGCACGUGACCAAGCGGCGCGGGGCUGCACCAGCAGCCGUGCCAUGGCGGUGUGUGUGAGUUUGCAGCCUAUGCCGCAAUGAUUCAUUAUGGGAAGGUCGGGCAGGAAGAAAGGAGGCUAUCGGACAAGUUACCCACGAUUGCGGACACAGCGAAUGAUUCUAAACAACGGACUCUUGGCCGGAAACACCCGUGCCAGGUGUGCAGACACAGGCAGGCAAGGUUGGGGUUGUGCGGAUGCCGUGUAACGGUAUACAUCA